AUGCAUCUUUCAUCAUACUUGGUCAUUGCCGGCCUCUCGACGAGUGUUCAUGCCUUCUAUCCCUGGGAGCUUAAAGUGGCUACAGUCGCCACAAUUUCUUCGAGGCAAAAUGGUUUCCGGCGUUUCAUGCCAUGGAUUUUAGUCCCAGACAGCUCGGACUCGGACUCGGACAGCCAAGGAAUAACGCUCGACAUCACGAAAGCUCGCCGGGCCGAUACCUACAAAAUUGUCGAGUCGGAAACCCCCACUUUGCAGAACAGUGCGGCAGUUAAUCAAGAUGGAGUGGAUUUUUCUUACUUCGUCACCGUCAAGGUCGGUUCACAACAAGAGGAGAUGUGGUUAGCCCUCGACACCGGAUCGCCGAGUAGCUGGGUAUUCAGCUCUAAGUGUACCAGCGAAACUUGCACAAACCACCACACAUUCAAUAUAUCCGAAUCCAGCAGCUUCAACUCGAAUGACUCGACCUACAGCCUCGGAUACGGUAGCGGUCAAGUGAAGGGUGAUCUGGGCCAAGAUACCAUGUCCAUCGCUGGAAUGGAUAUAAGUUUCACGUUUGGAUUCGCCGAGUCUGCAACCAAGCCAUUUGACAGCUAUCCUAUUGAUGGAAUUCUCGGCAUGGGCCGAUCAUACACCGGCGGUUGGAAGAUCCCCUCUUUCAUGGAUGUUGUCGCCGAGAAGGCAGGGCUCAGCUCUAACAUCGUCGGACUGAGCCUGUCGCGCGCCUCUGACAACAAGAAGGAUGGCGAGGUGAAUUUUGGAACUGUCGACACAACAAAAUUCGACGGAGAAAUUUCCUACACCACCACCAAUGCCGAAACCUGGACUAUCCCGCUGGAUGACGUCUACGUGAAUGGCGAGGCUGGCAACUUCACUGGAAGAUCCGCAAUCAUCGACAGCGGAUCUACAUAUGUCUUCGUUCCACCAGCCGACGCUGUGACUUUAUUCGGCCUCAUUCCGAACUCCAAACAUUCUGGCGAGAACUACACAAUUCCAUGUAACUCCACGGCCACUAUCGAAUUCGAAUUUUCCGGAGUCAAGUACACCGUCCAGCCAGAGGAUUACAUUGGUCCAAGUUCAAAGGACGACUCGAACCCGGGCUGCAUGUCGACGAUAGUCAGUCACCAGUCCUCCGGAUCAAACACAUGGCUUCUCGGUGAUGUGUUUUUGAAGAACGUCUAUUCGGUCUUUGACUUCGAUAAUGGGCAGAUUGGCUUUGGAGCAAAGGCGUCGAAUUCGUCCUCCGGAAAUGGGACAUAUGUCGCUCCCAGCGCGACUGCGACCGGUCCUUCGGCCGUGGCCACUGAUGGCAGCUCUGAAGUCUCCUCUGCGACGAUCUCGACCACGACAUCAGACUCAUCUGCGGAUUCAGCGACAGAGACCGAUUCGCCUACCAUUAAUUCCGCUUCUCGCAUGUCGGGCGGGUUAGCUCUGUCAUUAGUGAUGACUUUUGCUGCCGCUCUCAUCCUCUAA